AUGAAGGGCAGGAAGCCGGCAAUCGCUGCUGCCGGAACUUUCUUUGGCCUGUUCACUUAUUCACAAGUAUAUCAGAAUGCGAUCUUUCCGCGCAUUACCCCGCCGUCGGAACAAUUGGAGGAGAAGAAUUGGGUCAACUCAUCCCGUUCAUGGCUAGACAGGAGAGUCUGCAAUUGGUUUGGGCUCUGUGGAUUGGCGCAUCUGAAUCAAGCGCAUUGGACAACAGCAGGCGGUGUGAACAUCCCAGCACCCAAUAACAACAAUGAGCACGAGAAGAUCGAUCUCAAGGAGUUUUUGGAAAGUGCCCGAAAACUCCCUGAAGACUGGAACCACAAGGAUAGUGAGGCGCAGAACGCAUUCGAUGAUAAGGACCGCGAGAUACCGCAGUACGUUUUAGACCAUGCACCACUCAUUCAUCUGUACUCUGGCGAGGAGUAUUGGCCUUGCGAUAUGGGGGAGCAUUUGUUUCACACCACACCGCAUCUAAAUUACACCCCUCUUCAGGCCGUUGACGAUCAUCCCACGCUCGACAACCUUUACGAGCUCAAUAAGUGGGGCCGCUUUGUGUAUUUGCAAAGUGACGACAAUGUAGAGGAUUACCCUGAAUGGUUGGGAGGCAAGAGUAACGUUCCUGAAGUCCCAGAUGAUCCAGAACCUGACGGCGAACCUGAACAAGGUGGCCAUUACGAGGAAGAUAAGGAUGGCGAGAAAUCCAGCUGGUUCAAUGUUGGCAUCGGUGAUACUAUGGAAAGAGGCGGCAUCCGUUCUACUGGAAUUGUUAACACCCGUGUCCCAGCGCCUACCGCUGUACCAACCAACACUCCAGAAGGCGAAGAGCUCGUAGAUGUGGCUGACGAGCCUUGGCAAUCCGAGCUUCGUCGGACGCUUCAGAAGCGAGGAAAGAAAGUCGUUGGAGGCAAGAGCGAUGCGCCUGCUGUGCUCAUUGUAGUGCCGAAAGAAAAUGGUGUUGUAGAUGCUUUUUGGUUUUUCUUCUACAGCUACAACCUUGGCAACUCCGUCUUCAACGUGCGCUUCGGCAACCACGUUGGUGACUGGGAGCAUACCACCGUGCGCUUCCAGGAUGGCGUUCCGAAGGCAGUGUUUUUCAGUGAGCAUAGCUUUGGAGAGGCGUACACCUGGGAUGCUGUAGAGAAGUCUGGCAAGAGACCUGUUGGAUUUUCUGCCACUGGUACUCACGCCAUGUACGCUACGUCCGGCGUCCAUCCGUAUAUUCUCCCAGGCGGUAUUCUCCAUGAUGUCACCGAUCGUGGACCACUUUGGGACCCGACCAAGAACAUGCACUCUUACACAUACGACUACAGAAGAGAUGAGCUUAAGAGCUCCAAUCUGACUCGAGAUUCACCCAUAGGCUUCUUCUACUUCAUGGGCCACUGGGGCGACAAGUUCUACCCUCUCAGCGACUCUCGACAGUACAGGUUCUUGGGGCAGUAUCACUACGUCAAUGGCCCGCUUGGUCCUCGCUUCAAAAACCUGGGGAGGAAGGAAAUUUGUCAGGGAAACGGCGAAUGCAUACUAAAGAAGUGGAUUGGCGAAAAAAAAUCGCGUCCAUAUGUCAAGCGAUAUCCACUUGUGGGUCAUGGAGAAGAGAUGAGCGAAGAAGACAUGCACCGCUUCGGCGUGAAAGAAGUCGCAUGA